GCCCCAACAGCUAGAGCUCCAAGCCCCGCGACCCAGGAGCUGGCAGUGGUCCCCGCGCAUGCGCGCCGAAGCUGUCCGCUGUUUGGACGUUUCCAUGGCGACCAAGUCUGUUGGCUGGUGGUCCCCUAGCGAGAAAAUGAAGCUCAAGAGCCUCCUGCUCCGCUAUUACCCGCCAGGAAUUAUGUUGGAAUAUGAAAAAAGUGGACAAUUAAAGACCAAAUCCAUAGACUUGCUUGAUCUUGAUCCCAGUACAGAUGUCAGUGCAUUAGUAGAAGAGAUACAGAAAGCAGAACCUCUCAUCACAGCUUCACGAUCAGACCAGGUCAAACUUUUAAUACAGAGAUUACAAAAUAAACUCGGACAGCACAGCAACCACAAAUUCUAUCUGUUUAAGGUUCUCAGAGCACAUAUACUGCCACUGACUAACGUUGCACUUAAUAAAUCAGGCUCAUGCUUUAUCACGGGAAGCUAUGAUCGGACAUGCAAGCUCUGGGACACUGCCUCUGGAGAGGAGCUUCACACCCUGGAGGGUCACAGGAAUGUGGUGUAUGCCAUAGCGUUCAACAACCCUUAUGGUGACAAAAUUGCCACUGGGUCCUUUGAUAAGACUUGUAAACUAUGGAGUGUAGAAACUGGAAAAUGUUACCAUACCUUUAGGGGUCAUACAGCAGAAAUAGUAUGUUUAUCAUUUAAUCCUCAAAGCACAGUGGUGGCUACUGGAAGCAUGGACACGACAGCCAAGCUGUGGGACAUUCAGAGUGGAGAGGAAGUUUUCACCUUAACAGGACACUCAGCUGAAAUCAUCUCCUUGUCCUUUAACACGUCAGGAAACAGGAUCAUCACAGGCUCUUUCGAUCACACAGUUACAGUGUGGGAGGCUGCUACUGGAAGGAAGGUGUAUAUCUUAAUCGGACAUUGUGCUGAGAUCAGCAGUGCCUUGUUCAACUGGGAUUGCUCUCUGAUAUUAACUGGCUCUAUGGACAAAACCUGCAAGCUAUGGGAUGCUGUAAAUGGAAAAUGCAUGGCAACAUUAACAGGCCAUGAUGAUGAAAUACUAGACAGCUGUUUUGAUUACACCGGAAAGCUUAUUGCAACUGCUUCAGCCGAUGGAACAGCAAGAAUUUUCAGUGCGGCCACAAGAAAAUGUGUUACCAAAUUGGAAGGUCAUGAAGGAGAAAUUUCAAAGAUUUCUUUCAACCCCCAAGGCAACCGCCUUCUCACUGGCAGUUCUGACAAAACAGCUAGAAUCUGGGAUGCUCAGACUGGUCAGUGCCUCCAGGUUCUUGAGGGACACACGGAUGAGAUCUUCUCCUGUGCUUUCAACUAUAAAGGCGACAUAAUCAUUACAGGCAGCAAGGAUAAUACCUGUAGGAUAUGGCGGUGAUUGAAGAGAAUCAGUCAACAAAGAAACUUGCCAACCAUGGUGAUCAAAAGCUGGAGCGUCACACACAGCCAGCAAGCUAUUUUGAUAUUUCAAAUGUUUUCUCUUUGUCCACAAAUCAACCAUGUGUAUACUGUUCUUAGUUUCACAGAUAUGACCAUUAAAGUUGAUGAAGUUAUAUCAUCCUUGAUGUCUGAUGAAGAUGAUAGGAGUGAGCAUACUGCUUGGCAAAAUGGUUAUUUCAAUUUUCUUUUAUUUCUUGAUAGCAUCAGCAUACUGAUAAAUGAAACCAGAAUGAUUUAACAAUGUAUCUCCUACAUUCUACUUUGCAAGCUAUUAUAAUUUCUGUUGAAUAAAGUUUCUGGAGAAAAUUUCUGUGAA